AUGCCCUCCAACUUCUCUGAGAGCCAUUCCUACGAUGAUUCAUCCAACGCGUCAGGGAACUCCAAGGAACUUCACGCACUUCUCACCAAUACACAGUUUGCCCUUCUUGUAGUCUUCUCGGGUGUCUGCCACUACGUUGCCCUUAUCGUUUCUGCUCUUACGGUGGGGGAGUCGACAGGCACAUUGACACUGCCGUUUGUUGUGGUGAAAAAACUGUUGAUGGGGUUUGUGUCGGCCAUCACGAGUUUUUUAAAGAGGCGGCGGGAGCGAGUGUUUGUUGGUGUUGGGUACGAAGAUGAUGGCGCGAGCGUUGACCGGUUUGAUGCCAUGAAUCAACCAUCGGAGGUCGGCCAUGUGUGA